AUCCUUGCAGAUUUAAAGCUGAAUUAAUCACAGGAUGAGGAAGUGGCUUCUCAGAAACAUUUUCCUCUUUCACAUUUGAACUUUCUCUCUCACACACAGCCUACGCAUGAAAGGGACUGGGAGGAAGGAUACGAUAACAUGAUGCAAACAGAAAUUCCGCUGACCUUCAUAUAUCAUCAUGUGUCAUAACCCUGCUAAGCUCAGUGAGUGUUCACAUCAAACUGCCUCAACAGCUUCCAGGUGACCCAGCUCAAGACUUUGCUCUCCACCAGAUAGAUGAUGACUGACUGUGAGUUUGGAUAUAUCCACAGACUGGCUCAGGACUAUCUGCAAUUUGUCCUGCAGAUACCACAACCUGCAUCGAGUCCAAGCAAAACAUCCAGAGUGCUACAGAACCUUGCCUCCUCAGUCCAAAAAGAAGUUGAAGAAAAUCUGAAACCAUGCUUGGACAAUUUUAAUAUUGUAUCUGUAGACACUGCCAGAACAAUAUUUAAUCAAGUGAUGGAAAAGGAAUUUGAAGAUGGCAUCAUCAACUGGGGAAGGAUUGUGACCAUAUUUGCAUUCGGAGGUAUUCUCAUCAAGAAACUUCUACGAGAGCAAAUUGCCCCGGAUAUGGAUACUUACAAGGAGAUCUCUUAUUUUGUUGCUGAGUUCAUAAUAAAUAACACAGGAGAAUGGAUAAGGCAAAAUGGAGGCUGGGAAAAUGGCUUUGUAAAGAAGUUUGAGCCCAAAUCCGGCUGGCUGAAUUUUCUGGAAGUUACAGGAAAGAUCUGUGAAAUGCUGUCUCUCCUGAAGCAAUAUUACUGACACAAAAAGACAUUCUGUAUUGUGAAACCUGCCUACUUCUACUUUUAAAGAAAACAACUUUGAUGAUGUAACUUGACUUU